UGUUGCGGUCGGGGUCGGAGGUCGGGGGUCGGAGGUGGUGGGUGGUCAUGGCGUCCGGGGGCCUGACGGUGCCCAUCAUCGUGCUGAGCGUCUUCUGGGGGGUGGUGGGGGCCGUCCUCCCCUGGCUCGUCCCCAAGGGCCCCAACCGCGGUGUAAUCAACACCAUGCUGGUGACCUGCGCCGUCUGCUGUUACCUCUUUUGGGUGAUUGCAAUCCUGGCCCAGCUCAAUCCUCUCUUUGGACCCCAAUUGAAGAAUGAAACCAUCUGGUAUCUCCAGCAUCACUGGCCUUGAGGAGGAGGGAGGAGGAUGGUCUCCCGGGCUCACAGUGAACUAGGGAAAGUCGUCCCUCUACCUGCGAGAGGACCAGAGGCUGCCUUAACCCGCCUGCCUUAAACGUAGUAUUCAACUGGAAAUGCCUUACUGAAGCAGUCCACCGUUUUCUCUCUCCUGCAUAUUUACACUUUCACACAGAGUGCCUCGUCUUUUUAAACUGUGCGUAUGUGUGUGCACGCACUUUCCUCCAUGGUGUGUUGGGGGGGGUUCUUUUAGUGAAUUGUCAGUUCCGAGUAUUAGCCGAUGUCCUCUUCUCUCCCUCCCCAUUUUGAGGAGUGUGACGGGCCCAGCGCUUCCCCACUGACUUUCAGCCACCUACCCCGUGGCGGCCCUUGGGGUCAGGGCAGCCGAAGGGGUGGGAGCCAUUUUUCCCUACCGGGUGGAAUUUUCCCCCACACUAUUUUCAGAAGGAUUUUGAUCUCCUAAUUUCUACCUUCACUUUUUGGAGUAAAAAGUUUCUGCUUUCUCUGGA